GUUUUACCAGAGUGCAUAAUUUUGUGUUGCUAUUCGGGGAGGACUAGGCACUAGACAAAUGCAAUAUGGCGGUUUUUGAAGUUGAAUUUUGAAAACUAAAACUUUUAUUCUUCACUUAAUUUUUUAAAUAAUUCUGUCUCAAAUCAGUGAUAUUUGUUGAAUAUUGUCUACUCUUCACCAUGUCAACCUUGUGGAUGGGCGAUGUAAGUGUAAACGAUUGUUUCAUAUGCGUUUAUAUAAAAAUUUAUGAAUGACAGAAUGACAACACGUGAACACGUUUCCAAUGUGUAUUUUCUGUUUCAGCUUGAUUCCUACAUGGAUGAACAGUUUGUUAGAGCCGCAUUUGCUUCAGCUGGUCACGCAGUUAUCAGUGUUAAAAUCAUCAUAAAUAAAAUCACAGGGUAAGAUUAAAACCUAAUUUAUUGUGUAGUUAAGUUUUCGUCUAAUUCUGAUUUCAUUUAUACCUAUGUAUAGUAUUUUGAUACUGAAGAUAAACUGUCAGAGUGAAUAUGAAACUAGUUUCACAGAAAACCCCCCUGAUAUUUACCUAAAUAACAGAAGUUCUCUUAGGGGAGGGAGGGAGUUACUGUACCUCAGAGCAAUGUUAUUUAAUAUCCCUUACACAUGUGGAAACGCACACGUAACAAACCUGCAGCAGACUUGUAGCAAUGCUGUUCCAACAACUUGUCAACAGGAUGUGUUCGCACUGCUUGUUCCCAGCUUGUUGACAACUUGCUACAAGGUUGUUGAGCUAAACAGACUUGUUACAAGUUGUUCCAACAACUUGUUAUCGUCCUGCAAUUCAACAAUUUGUCAACAAGUUAUGAGUGACAACCUUGUAGCAACGUGAUAAAAUAACAGCAUUGUUACAACUUGUUGACAAGCUUGCUACAAGCCUGUUGCGAACUCAUCUUGUUGACAAGUUGUGAGAUUGUUGUAUGUAAUCUUUCACAAUAUAAAGUUGUCCAACUUUUGUUAUUUAUUCUGUUAGGGGUCCAGCUGGUUAUUGUUUUGUGGAUUUUCCAAGUUCUAAGAAUGCAGAAAAUGCUUUGAAUACAUUGAAUGGGGUACCUGUACCUGGGACCAACCCGGUGAGUGAAAAUUUCACGAAAGCUUGAACUGACGGAAACUCAAAGCUCUUAUUAACAGACAAUAAAAUGCCAUUUUCCUGUGGCCUUUGAAACAGCAAUACAAGCCCUGCCAAGAUUAGCCAAUAUGAAGAAGUGCUUGACCUGGGUGUGAUUACAUUAAACCAGUCAAGAUUUAAAAAUAUAACUAGAAUAAUUUCACAUUUUAGGCCAAAAGAUUUAAACUGAAUUGGGCAUCUUAUGGCAAAGAAACGCAACCUCAGUAUGUCAAAUUUAUUGUUUGUUUGUCACAAAGCACCAUUGCUAAUACUUGUGUGUUACUAAAUUGUGUUGAGUAAAUUUGUUUAACAUUUUUUCAAUCAAAAUACUAAAGUAAGUUCAUGUACAUUUGUAGAGGACCAGAAUUUUCUAUUUUUGUCGGUGACCUCACUCCAGACGUUGAUGACUCAACUUUAUUGGUGAGUUUAUAUGAUGUUCUCAGAAAUUUUAGACUGUUGUUUUGUUUUUCACUUGUUGUUGUUCAGUGUAUAACAUAUUGGAGUAAAACAUUUUCGUUGGAUAUUUUUAGAACUUCUUUCGUGAUCGCUAUCCCUCUUGCAAGGCUGCUAAAGGUAUUAAAAUUUCACCUGUUGGUAUUGUUAACAUACAGAUUAUUAUCUUGCACUGUUUGUGCCAGUGUACAGUAGAUGGUGGCAAUAAUAUGAAAGCUACAAUUAAUAGGGAUACAACUACCUGAAAAAUACAAGGAGAACUUCGACAUUUCCAGAUUUAUAAGACCCUUUGAGGUUUAACAGGUUAAUUAACCAUUGAGCACCCUUUCCUCUUGAUGAUUAAAUAAUAAAGUGGGGUGCAUUUGGGCACAAUCGAACAUAAUGGGUUAACUAGACACAUGGACAAAUAGUUUGAUUAACAUAUUGAGUGCCAGUGCUUUCCCCUUGAUGAGUGAAGUCGUUUAGUGGUGGACAGAGUAGAUUUAAUUUCUCGAUGAACAGGGCAGGACAGAGUAUUUUUGUGUUAAAUCUGCAUGUGUAUAAACAUAUAGUGUUCUAGCUGACCGUGGUUUUAAAUUCAAGGAAAAGUGUUUGUCAACCAUAUGUUAUUGCGCCCAUAGUGGAACAUGGGUGUUAACUUUAAGGUUUCGUUCAAAUUUUCAAUAGCAAAUCUUGAUUCAAAUGAAUUUCCUGCAGUUGUUUAACAUUUACUAUGAGCAGUGCUUGUGUGCUCACCUAUUUUCCACCCCUGCUGAUGAAGGGCUUUUGCUUUAAAUGUCAUAGUUUUAUUUGUAUUGUUUAUGUAGUUGAAUCCCUUGGAAUCCAUAGAUUUACAAUGCAUAUUCUGUAGACUUACUUGCCCACUAUUCACAGUGUUGCUCAAAUAAUUUGUAUGUUUCAUUUGCAGUUGUGAUCGACUCUUCUGGCAUGUCAAGGUAAAAAUUACAUUGUACUCAACAUAUACUGUGUUUUUCCCAUGAAGUGUUUGUCAGCUAAUCAUUGAAAGGGUGUACUUGACUAUUGGCAAUGAUUUAAAAAUAACUAAUAUUUAUAAACGUUAUGUAGGGGUUAUGGUUUUGUUCGGUUUUCAACAGAAAAUGAACAGAAACGUUCAAUGAUAGAAAUGCAAGGUGCUCGAGGCUGUGGAAGCAAGGCAGUAAGAGUCAGUGUGGCUACACCUAAAAAGUAAGACCACAGGAGGCCCAGGCUCGAUUUGCCCGCGCCCGCCUGUGCCUUCCUUAUAACGAGGGAAGGACGGAGACAUUGAGACCAAAAUAGCCCAGACUUGGCACAUGUCACACGAAACUAUCCUCGAUUUUUCGC